AUGGCACAAACUAAAAGUGUAAGAAAAGGAUGGGUGACAAAAGAAUUGGAAAUCGAAGGAAAAACGGUUUUAAUCACCGGUGCUAACACGGGCAUCGGGUUCAGUACAGCACUUAAUCUUGCAAAACGUAAAGCAAAAGUUAUAAUUGCUUGCAGAAGUUUAGAAAAAGCAGAAUCAGCCAGGCAAAAAAUUAUAGAAGAAACGGGGUCGCACAAUGUAUUCAUAAAACAUCUGAAUCUGGCAUCGUUCGAUUCCAUUAGGAAAUUCUCUGCGGAUAUAAAUGCAACCGAAGAACGACUUGACAUAUUAAUAAAUAACGCAGGUCUUCUAUUGUCGACAUAUGAAGAAACUGAAGACGGAUUUGAAAUGCAUUUUGGAGUCAACCAUCUGGGAUCUUUUCUGCUCACAAAUUUACUUUUGGAAUUAUUGAAAAAAAGUUCUCCAAGUCGAAUCGUCAACGUUUCCUCCAUCGGUCACAAAUACGCAACAAUUGACUGGGAAGAUCCAAACGGAAAAAAUAAUUUUAGCCCGGAAGCAUAUGGUCGAAGCAAACUAAUGAAUAUCUUGUUUUCAAGAGAACUUAGCAAACGACUUGAUGGUACUGGCGUAACUUCGAAUAGUUUACAUCCUGGUGCUGUGAAAACUGAAAUUGCACGUGAUCUGAGUUGGAGCAAAGUGUCAGGAUGUCUGGGAUGCCUUACUGUAUGUGCAUUUAAAACAUUUUCUGGGCUUAUGAUUAGCCCAGAUAAAGGAGCACAGACUUCCAUUUACUGCGCGAUUGCUCCAGAACUAGAGGGGGUUACAGGAAAAUAUUUCAGUGGUUGUAAAGUUGUGAGAGAAUCAAGCGACGCUAGAGAUGAUGAAAGUGCAAGUAAAUUAUGGAAAAUUAGUGAAGAACUCACUGGAUUGCACGAGACAGAGAAUUCAGGGAAAACAGAACGGGAAGAUACAAAAUAAAAUUGAAAGGAGUGAAUAAAACACAAUUGCCGACUUUCAAAUUAUUACUAAUUGAUUAUAUUUUUCCUUAUUUUGUUUGAAAAAAUAACGAUAAUCGAACUAAGUUGUGAAGUUGAUAUCAAAGUUAUUAUAUUAAUUCCUACA